AUGAAGACCCUGGUCCUGACCCUCGUGCUCGGCUUGGUCACUGCCCUGUCCUUCGCCCUGGAGGAGGAGGAGGAUGCCACCGGGACCUGGUACGUUGACGCUGUGGCCAUUGACGAUAACCUGCCAUUGGUGCAGAGGCCCAAGAAGGUGUUUCCUGUGAUAGUGAAAGCCGUGGAAGGUGGGGACAUGGAGGUCACAGUCACCUUCCUGAAGAACAAUCAAUGCCUCCUGAAGAUAUUUCUGAUAGAGAGAACUGAGGAUCCUGAAAAAUACUUAUCCUACAAGGAAAGGAAGGUUGUGCACAUUCAGAAGCUGCGGGUGCCUGGCUUCUGCAUCUUUUACUGUGAAUACCAGCGCCAUGGCAGACGGCUCCACAUUGCAAAGCUCAUGGAUGGGUGGUGGCUGUCUCCUUGUGGCAUCUGCUCUCUGCACGGCCAUGCAGUGAUCCUCACUUCAGCUCACCUGGCCACCUCACCCACAGGUAGGGAUCCCAACGUGAACCCAGAGGCUUUGGAAGAAUUUAAGGAAUUUACUCGGAGCAAGGGUUUCCAGGAGGAAGACAUCUCCAUACCCCUGCAGAUGGGGCUCCCUGUGACCCCUGUUUCCCCUGAGUCCCCUCACGGGGAUGCCAAGGACCUGCUCUGA